AUGAAUCAUAAUUAUCUCGAAUUAGAGAAAGAUAGGAAUGAAAUCAAUGAAGAAAAUACUUGUAAAAGUGAAUGUUGUAACCUAAUUAUAGGAUCUGAACGUGCCUCACGAAUGGUACAAAUGUUAACAAAAGAACAAUUAGACUCUCUUGAACAGUAUGAAAUGAAAAGUAUUGCCAUAGAUCUUAAUGUUCCGAACUAUUAUGCUCAAAUUCGUGAUUUAUAUAUACAUAUAUCAAAUUUAUGUUAUUUUUCCGAAUUCAAUGCGUCAACACCAUUAAAACUUGUUUAUACUUCUGUUCAUGGUAUUGGUCAAUCAUAUGCUGAACAAGCAUUUGUUGCAUUUACAUUUCAACUAUUUAUUUCAUCAAAUCUAGAAGAAGGAAAUGAAACACCUGAAUGUGCUAUUGCAAUAGCAAAUAAAAAUAACGCAGAUUUUAUUAUACCUACUGAUUCAGAUGCUGAUCGAUUUGCAUUAAUUGAAAGAGAUAUCACUGGAUCAGCACAAACUGGUUGGAGAAUUUUAACUGGAAAUCUAUUAGGAGCUUUACUUGGUAACUUACCAUUUUAUUUAAAUGCUGAUGAAAAUCAACGAAAAGAUUCUAAAGAUGAAGAAUAUAUUCGUCCAAAAACAUGUGCUAAUUCUCAUAUAACUGAUGUUAGAGAUUUGACUAUUGAAAUUGCAGCUGAUUUUGUUAGUCAAGGUAAAGAUAAAAAACUAAUACUUCCUUGUUCAGCAUCAACACAAAUGAUAACAUUUUAUUUUGAUAAUGGUUGUGAAAUAACAAUACGUGUCAGUGGAAAGAGAAACAACAGCUAA